CACCAAGCGAAACACUUCGGUUACUUCUCGAAUCACGUGUCAUUUAUUUGACCACACAAGCAAAUACCUGCUUAGUGGUCACACGAUGUUGCGCCGUUCCACUCAUUCGCGGUGGACUUCGCAUGUAACCGCCUUCAGACACUUCUGAGCUUCCUUGAAGCGAGAGUUGCGAUCAUUCUCUGCCCCUGCACACGGCCGAGGAAGACCUAGUACGCGUCAGCCCCUCGUACACCUCUUUUGACGCAGCUCUGGGCUCUCUUCACACACCAGACAUCUAUAUGGGCAGUGUUUCUCAGCCCUCCGUUGAUUAUAUACAGUUGCAUUUCUCACAUGAAAACUGCUGCUAAAACGUUGUUUGGAGCCGCUCGGGAUGCCGUUGUCCAGCGCUGGCCCAUUGUCGCAUAGAUCGCGACAUUGCUCGCGUAAAAGCCGUCUCGGUCGCCCGCUUGCACUUGGCAUUUCUAAGCAACAACUUAUCGAAUGGUCAUCGGCGCGCUAUGAUCUCAAUCGGCACUGUCUGUGCGAGUUCUGCUGCAUACAUGGUGAGUAGACUGACAGCGCUCAUAUGUAUACCCUGUUUUUGAAGUCCCGAUGGCGCCGGUCUAUUUCGGUCUGUUAUAUCUGUCGCUCACUCGAUUGUUUUCGGAAAGCGACGAUUGAGCGGUUCGGCAGCCCUCUGAAGACCGGAUCCAUGAUCCAAGCGGUUAUAUCGACCGACCAACCAGUUGGAUGAAUGGAUAACGGUCUGGACAGCUGCGGGAGGACAGUCACCCAGACGUUCACAGGCACCUCCUCAACAAUUGAACAAACCAUGCCGAAUCCUCUUGAAAUGCGGGACACGGCCGAUUGAACUCAAUAAGUCGGUUCGCGGAAUGUCGUACCCAGACAUUUGAACGGGAAGCGCAUCUUACGACAUGCUGUUCCAUACGCAAACCAGGACGACAACGUCUAUCAGGCCGUUCGGGCUCUGGAAUACACUCUGUUGGCUAUAAAAGGCUGCCAGGUCAGCGUGCAGAUAAACUACCACCUCUCGAAACAUGUUCGCUCUCGCCAAACGCACUCUCGCACUCCUCGCUGCUGCGCCGAUUCUACUCACUUCAGCCCAGUCAUUCUCAGGCUCCGGCACUUUCUUCAACCCGGGACUCGGCGCUUGUGGGAUCUUCAACACCAAUGCCGACUUUAUCGUCGCCGUGAGCGCUUUCGUAUUCGAUACAUUCCCUGGCGCAACGAGCAACCCGAACGCGAACCCCAUCUGCGGCAGACGGAUCGUCGCUAACUUCCAAGGACGGAGCGUCGUCGCCACUGUCACAGACCGCUGUGCAGGCUGCGCGGGGACCGGGGACCUCGACUUCAGUCCCGCGGCGUUCUCCCAGCUUGCGGAUCCCUCUGUCGGCCGUAUUUUCGGUGUCACCUGGAACUUCAUUUAAAGCCAGUGUGGAUGAAUAGCAUUCAGGUGGAAGUAGUCGCCUUAUGCACAGCCAAUAAAUUGAUUUUCUGUGGAGA